CACUGAACAUGUACCACCCAGCGGUGUGUGUGCAGAACUGCAGGGAUCCCUCCUGAAGAAAAUACAAGAGAUCAUCCUCAUCCUCCCCCCCCUGCGGUGCUCGGCAGAGAGAGGAGUGUUUCACACUCGGUACUGGAGAGAGAGAGAUAGAGAGAGAGACAGAGAGAGAGGGAGAGAGAGAGAGAGAGAGAGAGAGAGUGUGUGUCCUGGGCUGAGGUGAUCCGACAGCACACACCGAGGAAGGCGCAGGGCAGUCAAUGAGGGAGCGACCCGAGGAGUGAGGUCCAAAACACCCUCUGAACGCGAGGGUGUCGAGGAGAGAACACGCAGCACAUCGAAUCCCUCCCUGCCUGAGCUGACAAGAAGGAUAGAUAGAGGUAUAGCGAGAUAGAUACAUAGAUACAUAGAUAGAUAGAUAGUCUGCCUGGUGCGUCGCAGAGAUGGGGAACCGGGGAAUGGAGGAUCUGAUUCCUCUGGUGAACCGCAUGCAGGAUGCCUUCUCCGCCAUCGGACAGAACUCGAACCUGGACCUGCCUCAGAUCGCUGUGGUGGGCGGCCAGAGUGCGGGGAAGAGCUCGGUGCUGGAGAACUUCGUCGGGAAGGAUUUCCUUCCCCGUGGCUCCGGCAUUGUGACUCGUCGUCCUCUGGUCCUGCAGCUGAUGAACUGUGCCACAGAAUAUGCAGAGUUCCUCCACUGUAAGGGUAAAAAGUUCACCGAUUUUGAUGAGGUGCGGCAGGAGAUCGAGGCAGAGACCGACCGCAUCACUGGAGCAAACAAGGGCAUCUCCCCUGUGCCCAUCAACCUGCGUGUCUACUCCCCUCAUGUGCUGAACCUGACCCUGGUGGAUCUGCCGGGGAUGACCAAGGUGCCGGUGGGCGACCAACCUGCGGACAUCGAGGCCCAGAUCAGAGAGAUGCUGAUGCAGUUCGUCACCAAGGAGAACUGCCUGAUGCUGGCCGUGUCCCCGGCCAACUCUGAUCUGGCCAACUCCGACGCUUUAAAGAUUGCCAAAGAGGUCGACCCUCAGGGUAUGAGGACCAUCGGCGUGAUCACCAAGCUCGACCUGAUGGACGAGGGGACGGACGCAAAGGACAUCCUGGAGAAUAAACUGCUUCCACUCAGGAGGGGUUACAUCGGCGUGGUGAACAGGAGCCAGAAGGACAUCGACGGCAGGAAGGACAUCAAUGCCGCGAUGGCGGCUGAGAGGAAGUUCUUCCUCUCCCACCCUUCAUACAGACACCUCGCUGAGCGCAUGGGCACUCCCUACCUCCAAAAAGUCCUCAAUCAGCAACUGACCAACCACAUCCGGGACACCCUGCCGAACCUGCGGGCCAAGCUGCAGAGCCAGCUCCUCUCCAUAGAGAAGGAGGUGGAGGAGUACAAGAACUUCAGACCCGACGAUCCAUCUCGCAAGACCAAGGCUCUGCUCCAGAUGGUGCAGCAGUUCUCUGUGGACUUUGAGAAGUGCAUAGAGGGCUCCGGGGACCAGAUUGACACAGCCGAGCUAUCGGGCGGUGCCCGGAUCAAUCGCAUUUUCCAUGAACGCUUCCCCUUCGAGCUGGUCAAGAUGGAGUUCGACGAGAAGGAGCUCCGCAAGGAGAUCAGCUACGCCAUCAAGAACAUCCACGGAAUCAGAACUGGCCUCUUCACCCCGGACAUGGCCUUUGAGACCAUUGUGAAAAGGCAGAUUGGGAAGAUUAAAGAGCCUUGCACCAAAUGUGUGGACAUGGUCAUUUCUGAGCUAGUCAAUACGGUUAGGCAGUGUACCAAGAAGCUGGCUCAGUAUCCCAUGUUGAGAGAGGAGAUGGAGAGAAUCGUCACCCAGCACAUCAGGGAUCGAGAAAAUCGCACGAAGGGACAGGUGUUGCUGCUGAUAGACAUCGAGCUGUCCUACAUGAACACCAACCACGAGGACUUCAUCGGAUUUGCCAACGCUCAGCAGAGGAUCAGCCAAAUGAGCAAGAAGAAGACAGCUGGCAACCAGGAUGAGAUCAUGCCGGAGAGAGGAGUUAGCGAUCGGUUCAAGGUGAUCAGGAAGGGCUGGCUGACCAUCAACAACAUCGGCAUCAUGAAGGGAGGAGCCAAGGAGUACUGGUUCGUCCUCACCGCCGAGUCCCUGUCCUGGUACAAAGAUGACGAGGAGAAGGAGAAGAAGUACAUGCUGCAGGUGGACAACCUGAAGCUGCGCGACGUGGAGAAGGGCUUCAUGUCCAGCAAGCACAUCUUUGCCCUCUUCAACACCGAACAGAGGAACGUGUACAAGGACUACCGUCAGCUGGAGCUGGCCUGUGAGAGUCAGGAGGAUAUCGAUGCCUGGAAGGCAUCCUUCCUCAGGGCCGGAGUUUAUCCUGAGCGCGUCACGAGCGAGGGCAGUGAAGAGAAUGGCUCUGACAACCUCAUGCACAGCAUGGAUCCUCAGCUGGAGCGGCAGGUGGAGACCAUUCGUAACCUGGUCGACUCCUACAUGGCCAUCGUCAACAAGACCGUCCGCGACUUGAUGCCCAAGACCAUCAUGCACCUCAUGAUUAACAACACUAAGGAGUUCAUCAACGCAGAGCUGCUGGCCCAGCUGUACUCGUGUGGUGACCAGAACUCGCUGAUGGAGGAGUCUCAGGAGCAGGCCACGCACCGCGACGAGAUGCUGCGGAUGUACCACGCCCUGCGGGAGGCCCUCAGCAUCAUUGGUGACAUCAGCACAUCCACUGUGACCACCGCCAUGCCACCUCCUGUGGACGACUCCUGGCUGCAGGUGCAGCGGGGCGGCUCCGGAGGAAGGUCUCCAGCCACCAGUCCAACCCCGAACCGCAGGGCUCCACCAGGACCCCCUGCCCGCCCAGGCUCUCGUGGGCCUCCACCCGGGCCUCCUCCCGCCGGGGGGCCCCCUGUUCCGUCUCGCCCGGGCGCUUCCCCGGACCCUUACAGCGGGCCGCCGCCCACCGUGCCCUCCCGGCCUAACCGCGCACCCCCAAGCGUGCCCAGCCGGAGACCCCCGCCUUCUCCAACCCACUAGACCUCUCCGAACUCCUCCCUCCUUCCCUUCCUCCGCCUGCCCGCCUGGUCGGUCCCCCUCCUCUGGAUGAGCGGCCGUGGACAACAGCGCCACCUUCCUGUCUUUUUUUUUUUUUUCUCUGCCACACCCGACCCGAGCCGGCCUCCUUCUCCCGCUCCGUCUCGACAAGCCAUGCCUCUCUUUCUCCCCCUCUCUCCCUCUCCCUUCCUCCCUUCACAACAACCCCUCUGCUGCACACUGAGAUGCAGAAUACUUGAAACACACACCUGCAUGAGUGAUGUUACGAAACAUGCUGCACCCUCAGAAUUCAAAUACACUACGUAGAGAAAUAUGGGAAGCAACCCUUGUGUGAGUGCACAUGUGCAUGCACACCGGCUUCCAUCAGUACAAACAUAUAGGUAUAUACACACGGUGCAGAAUAUUUGGUGGGAGACAUUUGCAACACUUAGCAUGACACUUUGCCUGAGUAUGACUUUAUACUCCAGCCUUUCUAAUUAAUGGGUAUUCUGGCUGUGGACUGACUUAUUUUAUUUUUUCCCUGUUUUAUCUUGAUAUCACUGAUUUCUUUUGCUUUUCUUAUUCACCACUUUUUUUUUUUUAAUUAUUUUUUUUAAAUGCCAAUUUUCCUCACAGCAUUUCAGGCUACGAGGUGCUUUAUCUGUCAGGUAUUUUCCCGGGGUCUCCGCAUCUCUAUGGUUUCUCUUUUCAUCUUCCACUUUCUCUUCUUUUUAUAACCUUUUUUUUUUUUCACGGCCGAACAGGGGCCCUUCGCCGCCCUUAGAGGACACUUAGAGGAAACCCCCUCGCGUCCUCCCCUUUUGCCUCCUCUCUUCUAAAACUCACCCUUGUUUUCCGUCAACUAUGAAACAGACUGCAACAUCCAUCACUCGCUCAGCUCACAGGAGAGAGGAGGGGGGGGCUGCUGCUCCUCAUCCUUUCUUUCCCUCCUCCUCCUCCUCCUCCUCCUCUUUCUCCUCUUGCACUAGGACUGGAGGAGCGAUCAUUUUAGGGACCUUCUGGACUUCACAUAUUCCUGUUGUAGACUCCAGAAGGCCUCACUGUCACCUGUGAUAUAACUUUCUCGUGUAACUGAGUGGACAGCCACAUAGCUCACUCGACUGUGAUCUCACUACAGUGUCGCAGCCACUUCCCACAAAACAUACGAGACCAAGAAAAUGGUUCGCAGAUCUUUUUUUUUGGCUUAAAGAGGCGCCUCCCAUGGCUCCUCUCCCUCUUUUCUCCUCUCCCUCUUUUCUCCUCUCCUCUUCACAAAGAAAAAACACUGUUACUGCGUUAUCUUAGAGGCGGGACCUAAAUAGAAAGUGCAAUAUAUAGAAAGUCCUCCUGCAGAUGGCUUCAUCACACAUUUUUGAUUGAGAGGAAGAGAAUCUAAGGGCCCGGGUGGCACCCUGUGACUGUUACAUAUCUCCUUAUACGUCCCUAUUUUUUUUUUUUUUUUAUUCAGAGGGAAUGAGGUCCCUGAUGGGAAAGGCUUUUAAAUAUUUGGAGUGUUUCUUGGUCAUGUUAUGCUUAAAACUUGUAUCCAGGUGUGAGAUCUGCCAUUCAUUCACUGUCUGUUUUUCCCUCUUUUUCUUUUUUUCUUUUUCUUUCCUCUCUCAGUGGUCACGGGGGUGAGUGAGUGCAUGAAAACAGCCACAGUCUAUGCAUAAAACUAUCAAACGCUCCUCCUGUUCCGCCCUCACAUCGCUCAACCUGCUGUCAGUGUGACCGUGUCGUAUUUGGACGCCCCCCCCCACCACCACCACCGCAAAACAAAAAGAUAAAACUCCCACCUCUGUACCUCGAUUGAUGUCAUUUAAGACCCAUUCGAAACACUUCAGUGACCCCUCGUGCAUCUGCGUGCUCCAUGCAAACACAACAGAGCAUAUUCUACUCUAUUAUUUAACAGUAAAUAGUUUAUAAUGGACAUAUCUUAUUGUGUUCUUAUGUAUAUGUGUGGUGCAUCUUAUGGGACUCGUACUUCCACCGUCUAGAGAUUUUAGUCCGCAAUGUAUGACAUUUCUGAAUAUUUAAAUUAUUAUUAUGAGUAAAUGAGUACGUGUAUAAGGAAAUAUUAAAAAAACAAAACAAAAAAAAAACAUAAAAAAUGUGUAAUGCAGUAAUGUCUCUGGACUCUGGCAGGUUGUUUGAUACUUAAGCUUGUAGCGGAGGGCUUUUUCUUUUUUUUGUUUUGUUUUGUUUUUCUUGUCUCUCUCUGUGUGUAGAGGCGCAGGGAGAGACGGUGUGAAUGUGUGAAAGUCCUGCAGAAACCGGGUCCCGCAAGCUUGUUCAAGCUGCUGUGGGGAGGAGCGAUGACUUUAACCUGCAGGACUGCCGUGCUUUGUCAACACAAUAAAAACCUCAGUGUACUGAA